AUGCAUGUCCUACAGAUUAGUGCUACGGUUUGCUCUUUUAUCAGCCUCCUCCUCCUCCUCAUUGCCCUGGGCUCAGAUUACUGGAUAAAUAUUAACGAUGUCCACACAGGCCUUUGGAGAGUAUGCUCCCAGAUGGGUUGUGUUCAAAUUGGGAUGAAUCUGCCAGAUUUCUUCCACACUACCCGAGCCUUCAUGCUGAUUGGGAUGAUCGCUGGAGCCGUCUCUUUCUUUGCUCUUUGUGCCACGUUUUUUCACUUCCAACUCGGCUCCAUCUCCCAGGCCAAGAUUGCAGCUGUAGCCAGCCUCCUUGCAGGUCUUUGCGUCAUGAUUGCCAUGGCCACCUUCACAGGAUUCAGUGGGGCAGAUAUCACUUAUUAUGGAUGGUCCUUUGGCUUGGGCUGGGCCUCAUUUCCUCUGUACCUUAUAACUGGUUUCUACUAUGCUACCCGAGUUUUCAUGCUGAUGGGGUUGAUCCCUGGAGUUGUCUCUCUCUUUGGUCUUUCUGCCAUCCUCUUCCAGUGCCACAUCCGCAUCUUGUCCAAGGCCAUGACCUCGGCUAUCGCCAGCCUUAUUGCAGGACUGUGCCACUAA